AUCGCAGCUCAGUGCAGCUUCAUCUCGGAGAACACCAGAGAGAAAGAAAGAGUGAGUAAGAGGGAGCGCGCCAGAGAAGAAGGAAAGAGGAGAACAGACGGAGCGAGAGACAGUCAACAAGAGUGACCAAAAUUCGUUCCCUUUUCAAUUCAAUUUCAUCUUAAACCCCAGGCAUUGGUCGGCGCUUGGAUGAACCAAAACCUAUCGAUCAGUCAGUUGUACACCUGGAUCCACUGACCAGCUCAGAGCAGGCAUGUCCCGAAGGAAGCAGAGUAACCCGAGGCAAAUCAAACGACCACUGGAUGAUGAUCUGGAAGAGGAAGAGGAGGAGUGUGUCUCAGAAGAGAACGAGCUCCUGGCCAAAGAUGAGUUCUCCGUAGAGGAGAACUUCUCCACUGACUUUGAACCCGAAAACCUGAGCUGUGAGGACAUGGAGUACUUCUGCAACAAAGGUGAAGAAGAUGGGAGCAGGGAGGCGGGGGAGUCCGAUGUUGACGGACAGAAUGAGAAAACCAGACACACCCCCCUCGAGCCAGAGGACUGGGAUGGACCAAGGGAGCUGGACGUUUUCCACAAGGACGGAGAGCGGCGGAUUCAAAGCCGACAGCAGCUUCCUGUGGGCACGACCUGGGGACCCUUCGAGGGGAAGAUCGAGAUGAGCACGGACGGCAGCGGCCUGAAGACGAAGAGCUCCGUCCCGGUGGCGCUGAGCGGGGGCCCCAGGUGGCUGCUGGAUGUGACUUGGCAAGGAGCGGAAGACAACAAAAACAACUGCGUGGUGUACAGCAAAGGUGGACAGCUCUGGUGCACCACCACAAAAAACAUGGUGGAGGGGGAGGAGCUGGUGGCUUUCGCGGUGGACUUCGACUCCCGGCUCCAAGCGGUCAACCACAUGUCGCUGACGGAGGGCAUGUACCCAGCGCGGCUGCUGGACUCCAUACAGCUCCUUCCACAGCAGGCAGCCAUGGCGUCCAUUCUACCCACCGCCAUCGUCAACAAGGACAUCUUCCCCUGCAAGGCGUGUGGGAUCUGGUACCGGAGCGAGAGGAACCUGCAGGCCCACCUGAUGUACUACUGCAGCGGACGGCAGAGAGAGCCAGAGAUGCUGGUGGAGGAGAACGAGGCCGGCCCUCACCAGACACCCAACAUCUGCCCCUUCCCACAAUGCAACAAAAGCUUUGCCGGGGCACGGGCCUUGGAAAUGCACUUAACCACACACAGUGGUGUCAAAAUGGAAGAGACUCUCCCCCCUGGCACCAGCUUGAAAUGCACAAUCUGUACCUACACAGCAGAUUCUCUUAUUACAUUCCAACACCACAUCCUCUCUCACCUGUCACAGGCGGCCUUCAGAUGCAAUCACUGCCAUAUCAGCUUCCAGAACCACAGGGAACUCUUACAGCAUCAGGACUUACAUGGGCACGGCAGCAAACUUCACAGAGAGAGCGACAGCGAACACUCCCCCAGGGGCAAUGAGGAGAGCCUGCAGCAGACGAGAGGCGAGCUGGUAAACAGGAAAGAUGUCCUCCAGAGUCCCAAAGGGGGACCAAACAAGGAAAUCAGCUCCGACGCCGAGCUGGAGAAAGGAGAGAAGAAACCAGCGCUUUCGUCCCAGAAGGGCGACGCCCACCCGGGAAGCAAGGCCAGCUUCUCGUACACCCGGAUCAAGUCGGAGCCGUCCAGCCCCCGGCUUGCCUCCUCCCCAGUCCAGCACAACAUGGGCCCCACAUUUCCCAUGGGGCCUUUCCUGUCCCAGUUCGCUUUCUCCCAGGACAUUUCCGUGGUUCCACAAGCCUCGGAGAUCCUGGCUAAAAUGUCAGAGCUGGUGCACCGGAGAUUGCGGCAUGGCGGAAACAGCUACCCGCCAGUGAUCUACAGCCCCUUGAUGCCGAAAGGGGCGACGUGUUUCGAAUGCAAUAUAACUUUUAACAACCUGGACAACUACCUGGUCCACAAAAAGCAUUACUGCAACAGCCGCUGGCAACACAUGGCCAAGUCACCCGAUUUCUCAAGCGUCUCGGACAAGGUGGCAGAGGCCGUGAGCCCGAACAGCGGUCACGGCUCAGUCAGCAUGCUGACCGCCUGCCACCCCUCAGAGGCCGACAGCCAGCUCAUGCAGUCGGCCUGCUUGAACUCAUCCGUCCUGGACAUGAUCAAUGCGAGCGGCAAAGUGCCUGACAAAGACCUCGCGGGACAGGUGAAGAAGGUCUCCACGCCCACGGGGGCAGAGGAGAGGCUGAACGGCAAGCAGGCAGAUGUGAAGAGCCCCAGCACGUCCUUGGUGGACAAUGACAACGACCCCAACAAGACCACCUGCGAGGCCUGCAACAUCACCUUCAGCCGCCACGAGACCUACGUGGUGCACAAGCAGUACUACUGCGCCACGCGCCAUGACCCACCCCUGAAGCGCAUGACCGCCAACAAGGUGCCUGCCAUGCAGCGGACCAUGCGGACACGCAAGCGCAGGAAGAUGUACGAGAUGUGCCUCCCUGACCAGGAGCAGAGGCCCCCCAUGGGUCAGCCAGGCUUCCUGGGUGUCCCAGCACUGGGGAGCCCCUGCACAUCGCAGGAGGCUGUGGAGAACCUUGCCGACCGCUUCCACCCGCGCUGCGACAUGUUCCCGGGCAUGGUCCCCAAACACCUGGAGGCUUCUCUCACCGUCACCAAGUCCAUCCUUGCACCCAAAUGCAAUACGAUAGACCAACAGGAGCUUGACGCGCCCAUUGAUCUCAGCAAAAAGUGCUCCCCACAUCCCGACAAGACUUGCAGUUCCCCCAAAAGACUCUUGGACUAUCACGAAUGUACAGUUUGCAAGAUAAGUUUCAACAAAGUGGAGAACUACCUAGCCCAUAAACAGAACUUCUGCCCUGUGACAGCUUCCCAGCACAGUGAAAUUGGCAGUCUGGACCAGACAAUGUUCCCAGACGUGAAAAGCGAAGGCAAUAAUCCCGAUGAUGUCUAUGAUAAGAGCCCUGGGAAAUGUGAUAAAAAUGGAGGCGCCAAGCUGAUUGCGCAAAACGGUAGCGUGUUCCCCUCGCAUUUAGGUUCCCUGCCAGGGCUCAAGUCUUUCGGCGAGGCUCAGCUCAUUCCCGCGAAAGAGGAGAACAAGAAUUUGUUUCUGCCCCACUGCCUUUAUCCCGGAGCAAUAAAGAAGGUGAAAGGUGCUGAGCAAAUAUCGCCAUAUUACGGGAUAAAGCCCAGCGAUUACAUUGCUGGGAGCCUGGUCAUGCAAGGAGAGCCGAGCACGCAGGAGCCCAGUACAAACGGAGGGGGUGAGGCAGGAAAAGACCAGCCAGCUCCUAACGGCUGCCCCCACCCCGGCAAAGAACCUCUGCCCCUGCUGCCCAAAAACAGGGGAAUGGUGAUAGUCAACGGUGGGCACAAGCCUGAAGAGCGGCCGGGCACCGUUCCCUCUCAGCAGGAGAAUGUGCCCCACAACUCCCAGCCGCCGGAUGGUCACCCGUCGCCCACGUGGGUGUCCGAGAACCCAGGAGACUCCAAUGAGAACGUGUCGCCCUCAGCGAAGUCGCCGACGGAUGAGGCCCCGCCCGCCGCCGGGAAAGGUGUGAAUGGAUCGGCCCAGGCUGCCGGCAGUGGCAAGUACUGCCGGCUCUGCGACAUUCAGUUCAACAACCUGUCAAACUUUAUAACCCAUAAGAAGUUUUACUGCUCGUCACAUGCAGCAGAACACGUGAAAUGAAGCUACGCCCUCCCUGUUUCCUUUUAGUUUCUAUGUUUUGGGGUUUUUUUGUUUUGUUUUUUUUUUUUUCGGGGUACACCGUUGUGUCUGGAAUAGUGCAUCAUGCAGACUAAUAUGCUGCUUGUGGACAAUCAAGAGAAGCUUCUUCUUUCGUCAUCUUAAGACUUAAUGCAAAUCAUCGGUUAAAAAAAAAAAAACAAAAAAAAGUGUAAUAUUG